CCGGUGGUCCAGACGAACGCCACUGCUGGAGAUAGUUGACAGACUAGAAAAUGACAGAACACGGAAAAUACUGCUUUUAUUUUGGAGUAUAAUACCCCUUCUCUAAAUUUAAAGUAUGCCCAAAUGUCUACUAAACUCCGUAAGGGGUUACAAAUCUGGAAAAUACGUUGCUGGCAACGUGUACGACCCAUUCGUGAUGACCACUCGGUCCGGUCUAUCAAUAAGCACUGCGCCACGUGGUCGUGUUAGCGCAGUGGUAAGGAACAUACCCUCACCAGUACCGACCGAUGACCCACCCCCGAGUGUGCCUCCUAAAAAGAAAAGCUUUCCAGUGAAGCAUCGCCCCCUGAGUCACUUGUCGUUUGUCACACGUUUCUAUAUAUGCCGUCGUCUUCCAGAACUUGACCUUGCAGGAGUUGGACCACGAGACUUUGCCAACUGGCGAGAAGAGCUGAUGGCCUUGAGAGACGUUCAUCAGUCCGAAAAAGAAGAGACGUUUGAGACGCAGGGUAAUGAUUCUAUAGUUGUCAUGGGAAAUACUGAAGAUACCGAUGAGCAUGUCAGUGUAGAUGACACCAAUCUGAACAGUGAAGAUGACUGCAAAUUGAACCUCAUGACAGCGCAGAUAUCAGAUGGUACAUCCUAUGUUGACAGAAUGCCAGCAAUCUUUUUGAACUCGCCAUUAUUACACAGAGGGCAAAAACUUCUGCAGAGUAGUGUUAAUACCAAUAGAAACAAUAAGACUUUUCAAUCUCACAAGUUCACAUCUAAUGGGACAGGAGUUCCUGGAUCUUCCCAGACACUGCCAUGUCAGAGCACCUACCAACAGUAUUGUGAGCCAAGAGCUGGCACAUCAAACAAGUUACUAGUAGACGAUGAUAGUCAAGAUAGCAGAGACGAUGAACUAAGUCUUUCCACGGAGAAUGAUAACUUCAGUGAGAGCGAUGACAGUUCAGGUGAACAAGAGCUUAUAUGUCGAGACUGUGAUGUGGAAUUCUCAUCUUUCUCUGCUUACAAAGCUCACAUGUGGGUUCAUGGAAAAACCAGAAACAAGUGUCAAAUUUGUGGCAAAAUCUUCACAAGAUCCUGGCUCCUGAAGGGCCACAUGCGCACGCAUACAGGGGAACGCCCAUUCCGCUGCUCAUAUCCUGAUUGUGACAAAGCAUUCGCUGAUAAAUCGAACCUUCGCUCUCACAUGCUCAUCCACACCACACAGAACAAGACCUAUUCUUGUCCAAAGUGUUCCCGCGCCUUUGCCCAGAAGAGAUACCUCCACAAGCACAUGCUUGAGGUGUGUCGUAUCAUCUGACCUCCAAGGUGAUCAUUUCGAGACACACUUUAUUAAUUCAAAAACAUUGUUAAGAUAUUAUACCACUUAUAUUGUAUGGAAGCACGUCUUGUUUCACAUACAUAUCCUGUUGACUAUGAAUUUGACAUUUGUACCAAAGUAUAAAUCUAUAACAUUGAUUUGUGACAUAAUAAUUGUAUAUACCCGUGACAUAUUUAAUCUAAAUUAUAUGCUUGUGCUAUAUCGCAAAACUGUAUAUAUAGACAUUUCAUGUUAAUAUUUAUUGAUUUAUUUAGUCACCUACAAGUUUCCUUCUGUAAUUUGGAUUUCGGACUAAGCUCUAUCAGAGACAUUCCUCAGACCUUACUGCAUGGGCAGUCUUAUUGCUCUUUUAGCAUUGCAUGAACUGUUCUCAGACGAUCUACUUGUGAAAAUAAAUUCUCACCAUUUGGAGACGCUUUGUAAAUACUUUUGUUAAAUAAACCUAUCAUCUUCUAGUA